GCGGUGACCAAAACGACUCUACCUUGUGGGCACCAAGAUAGAUGGCGGACGAGCAGCGAGUUCAUUUCCACAAAAAGUCUCCCGAGAUGGCGGACGAGCAGCGAGUUCAUCUCCUGUUGGUCCCGUUCCCGGCGGCGGGUCAUAUGCUGCCUCUUCUAGAUCUCGCCGGCCUCCUCUCAGAAAGCUUCCACCCCGCCAUCAUCAUCACAGUCGCCGUCACACCCAAAAACGUCUCUCUCCUCGCCGCCCGCUGCCCCGCCGCCUCCCCCCUCGUCCUUCCCUUCCCCUCAGACCCAGCCAUCCCUCCAGGCGUUGAGAACGCUCACGAAGAUCCCUCUACCGACGUUCGCCUCCUUAUGCGCGCCUUCGCCGGCCUCCAUCUCCCUCUCCUCCGCUGGGCCCAGGACCAUCGCCCCACCGCACUCCUCUCCGACUUCUUCUGCGGGUGGACCAACCUCCUUGCCGCCGAGCUCGGCGUUCCUCGCCUCGUAUUCUCCCCCUCCGGCGCGCUCUGCCUCUCUCUUAUCCACUCGCUCUGGCGCCGGAUGCCAAAGAGGAACAACCCUAAUGAUCCCGUCGAGCUCAUACUCUUCCCUGAUCUACCUGGUUCGCCGCUCUAUCCGUGGCGCCACCUCGCCUCCAACUACCGCCUGUACGUCGAGGGCGACCCGCUGUCGGAGUUCGCUAAGGAAUUGUACCUUGCCAACCCCCGCAGCUGGGGCUUUAUCUUCAACACCUUCACCGAGCUCGAGAGGACUUACCUCCACCACCUCCGGCAUGAUCUAGGGCACGCCCGCGUCUGGGCCGUGGGACCCCUCGCCACGCCGCCGGGGACCUCGGUCGGAUUGGAAGAGCGGCUGGCAGCUUGGCUCGGCGCAUCCCCGAAGGGAUCCGUGGUAUACGUGGCCUUCGGGAGCCUGGCCGAGCUGUCGCCGGCGCAAGCGGAGGCGCUGGCGGCUGGGCUGGAGCGCAGCGGGGCUCGAUUCGUGUGGGCGACCAGGGGGGCAGUGGCGAUGCCGGUUGGGUUCGAGGAGCGCGUGGCGGGUCGGGGCCUCGUGCUCGCCGGGUGGGCGCCACAGGUGGCGAUUCUGAACCACGCGGCGGUGGGGGCGUUCAUCAGCCACUGCGGGUGGAACUCGGUACUGGAGGCGGUGGCGGCGGGGGUCUCGCUGCUGACGUGGCCGAUGACCGCCGACCAGUUCUUCAACGCGAGGCUGCUGGAGGAGGAGAUAGGCACGGGGGUGAGGGCGUGCGAGGGCGGCGAGGAAGCCGUGCCGCAACCGGAGGAGCUAGCGCGUCUGGUGGCAGAGGCGGUGGGCGAAGCGGGGAGGGCGCGAAGGGAGAAGGCGCGGGAGUUAGGGAGAAAGGCGGCGGAGGCGGUGUCGGAAGGCGGCAGCUCGGCCAGAGAUUUGGCGAACCUUGUGGACAAGCUGUCAAAGGUUGCAAUAGAUCAAACAAUUGGAGAGCCGAGAGUCUGACAAGACAAAUCUUCUGAAAAAACCCUUUCCAUGCAGCUCAAGCUGUUUUACUCAGUCCUGUUUCAUACUUUCUCUACUACUUCAACUGAACAAUUCAAGCUGUUUUACUCA